AUGGCGCACAAAAUCAAGCGCUACCAGCUCGACAAUCCUCUGUUUCAUCAUUACUCCAACAUCGAUGUUGCCGCUCGAGCCUUUGCAAAAGAGAUUGACGCGGAUGAAGAGCUUUGCAUUAAAGCUGCUCGGAUUGCCUGUGAUCCUCCGACCUGGGAUAGCGUGGAAGGAAGAACAGAGGUCGAGUCGCGUGCUCUGCGAGAUGAGAGGGAGCAGGGUUUCUUCCAGCAGCCCAAGGCGCUCAAAAUUGCUAUCAUCACUCUGUGUUUCUCCGCGAUGGUACAGGGCUGGAUCCAAUCGGUCAUCAAUGGGGCGAACCAGACGUUACCUGAAUAUUUUGGAUGGAAGUUGGAUGAGCCCGGUGCACCUGGUCAACCAGGCGAGCAUCGAUGGGUCAACAAUGGGCCAGCGAUAUGGAAGUUCGCCGGUAUCAAUGCGAUCACCUACCUGACUGCAGGUAUAUUCGGAUGCUGGGUCUCCGAUCCCUUGCAAUCCAGCCUUCUCGGUCGCAGGGGCGCCAUCUUUGCUUCAGCCUGUCUCUGCGUUAUGGCUAGCAUUGGAGCCGCAUCCGUACAGAAGUCUCACUGGUGGCAUUUGCUGAUCUGGAGAGCCCUUCUUGGGCUGGGAUUAGGCGCCAAAGCCUCGGUGACUCCCAUCUUCGGCGCCGAGAUAAGCCCGAAUCACUUGCGUGGCACGCUCCUGAUGAACUGGCAGCUGUUCGACGCGCUGGGUAUUUUUUGCGGUUUCAGUGCGAACUUGAUCUUCUAUUGGACUGAUAGGCUGGCAUGGAGGUUUCAAAUUGCUUCAGCUUGUAUCCCGGCUGGCUGUCUAAUCGUCCUGAUUUGGACUAUUCCAGAAUCCCCACGAUGGCUGCUUAAGAAGGGCAAGGGCCCUGAAGCAUUCGCAGCACUUUGUGCACUACGGCAGACGCCCCUUCAAGCUGCGACUGAGCUCUUCUUCGCCAACGCUCAGAUCCAGAAAGAAAUUGACUACAUGCGUCGACGAGCUACCAAAGGCGACACAAACUACUGGUCCAGGAUCUUGCAGCUUUUCCUGAACGAUCGCACCAGGAGAAGUGCAGUGGCGGCGACUGUUGUGAUGUUCGGACAGCAGCUCUGUGGCGUAAACGUUCUAGCUUUCUACUCGACAGUCUUCAUACAGGACAUCAACGGUCAAAGCACCAGAAAUGUUCGUGCUUUAUGGCUUAGUUGGGGUCUUGGGCUUGCCAACUUCCUCUUCACCUUUCCAGCAUAUUGGUGGAUCGACAAGUAUGGGCGGCGCUUUUUGUUGCUGGCGACAUAUCCAGGAAUGAUUGUGUCAUUAUUCGCGGCUUGCCUCUCUUUCCUCGGCGAUGCUGGAUCAGCAGCUGAUGAUAAGAGGAUCAUACGCGUGUGCUUCUUUAUCUUCCUUUUCAUCCUGUUCUACUCCCUGGGCCAAGGUCCCGUUGCCUUCGCAUACUCGGCUGAGGUAUUCCCACUCUGGAAUCGAGAAGCGGGCAUGAGCCUGGCAGUCUUUGUGAACCUGACCGGUGCAGGCUUACUCACGCUCUUUGUUCCACGAGCCCAGGUUUCCUCCAAGACCUAUACACAGAGUGGCUCCAGUCAAGGAGUUCAGACCACAGAUGAGGAUGGUGCCGAUCCAGCAUGGCUAUCCCGCCAGGCCACUCUAGUUGGCGUCUUUGUCGGUUUCUGCACCUUAUCCUUCAUUCUUGUGUACCUCUUCGUGCCGGAGACGAAGCUUGCUACUACCCGAGAAGACAACAGGCGCACAUUGAAUUACAUUUCACUCGAGGAAUUGAACCAAAUCUUCCUGGUGCGAACGCAUGAGUGUAUCCAUUACUAUAUCGGUCACGUUGCAUGGGGUACACUAAACAACUUCCUCUACCGUUUCGGGUUGAGAAAAGAGAAGGUCAUAAUUGAGGAAAGUAUGCAUUACUGGGUCAAAGACGGACUGAAGAGGAAGAAGCAGAAGCAGGCGCAGAACGAGACGACACAAGCAAAGGCCGACUCCAGUGAAACAGAGACAUCGGACGAGAAGGCGGAGCAGGGCGGUGGGCAAGCUGUCCACGUUGAGAACAGAUCCUCAAGGGGUACAUCUCCGACAGUCGAGGACGACGAUGUAAUUCAGAGGGCUCCGUCAUCGACUGGGCUGCCGCAGGUGUCCGACACGGGGGGAAGCUUGGACUUCAAGGUGGAAGACAAGGCGACAUCUACGACUUAG